AAUGAGUAAAAAUACAUAAGGAAUUUUGAUGGAGGGUGAAACAUAUUAAUUCUAAUAAUUUAAUAAAUUUGAGAAGUAAUCAGGUAAAAUUGGAUAAAGAUAGGUGUAUAAAUAGAAUCUAUAUAUUAUUUACAUGUUAUAAUGUAAAAAAAUUAUUGAUAAGUAAAGAAGGAUUUAGAAUUUGCAGAGUAAUUAGCAAAAUAAGAAUAGGAAGAGGAAGAGUAAGGAAAAGUUUCAUUAAUAUUGGAGGUAGAUAUUGAGGAUUAAUUACACAUUGAUUUUGAAUAUUGAAACUUAAGUUAUCAUUUAAGGAAAGAAGAAGGAUUAACUUUUAUUUAGUUAAUAUAAAAAUAAAGUAUACUGAGUUAGUAGUGAUUAGUAAAGAAUAGAUGGGUAUAGAAAAUAGUUAAUAAAUUGAUAACGAAACAUUAAUA